AUGAAUUCCACCGAUAUCAAGCCUUGCGCUAUCAACACGCCCGUUUCUGCCCACAUCACGUUCCACUAUAAGCCGGCUACGGACAGGAGCAGCAGCUGCUGCUCCUCGUCCGCCGGCUCGAACUCCUGCUCCCCCAGGGGCAGCUCUGCCGGCCUGCCGUCCACCCUAUCGAGCGAAAACGAGAUCAUCGAGACCGUGCUGAACGUGUCUGCGCCCGCCGCCGCCGACCCAACGCCGCCCUCGUUGUUCAAGAGUAACUACACCGCUGCCGUCGCCACGAGGUCGAGCUCGUGCUCGACCUCGCCGUCCAGACGCAACUCCGUACUGCCCGCGGGCGACUUCCACCAGUGUGCGCAUCACAAAAACUUUCAGAGAAGGGCCAGUGAGCCGCAGCUGCCCUCCUUCGAAGACCGCUCGUCGUCCGAGAUGAAACGGUCUGUCUCGUACGCCCAGCACAACAACGUGAUGUUUCCCAUCAGAGACUUGCCGGAGCCCCAGACACCCGAUUCUCACUCGGACUCGUCUUGUCCGUGCAACAGACACCAUCACAGGAGGAAUUCCGUCGCCGUCAAGUUCGACAAGCCACUAUACAAAAGACUAUACUCAUAA